GUUUAAUCCACCUGAUAAACACUAUUUUAGUAAUUUACGAAAUGAUUAUUAUUUCUUCAAGUUGUAACUAAUCGAGAAAAUAUGACGGGAUCCGUGAGAAUAGGCGUUACUUUACAGUUUAUAAGAAAUCGAGAGAUUGAUCAGACUCUGGCGAUAUCGUCAUCAAUGUCGUCCCCGCCGGAGAAGAAGAGGAAGACAGCGGCUUCAACGCCGCAAUCGCAACCGACCUCGAUUCAGUCGCUUCCCGAUGAUUUGGUAUUGAGCAUCGUCGCUCGCGUCCCGAGAUUGUACCAUCAUACACUCUCACUCGUCUGCAAGAGCUUUCGAUCUCUCCUAGUUUCACCGGAGCUUUACGAGGCCCGAUCACUCUCGGGCCACAUCGAGAGCUGUCUCUAUCUGUGCAUAGGAUGCGAUACUGAUUAUCGUAUGUUCACACUCUGCCGGAAACCUGAUCAAACCCUGACCAGUGAGGAGGAGAAGAAGAAAUCAAAUGGUUAUGUUUUGGCUCCAGUCCCAGCUCCAGAUUCUUAUCCUGCCUACUUUUCGAGUCUCGUCGCGGUUGGCUCUGAUAUCUACAACAUUGCCGGUUCGCACGGCUCCUCUCGCGUCUCGAUUCUGGAUUGCCGGUCAAACACGUGGCGCGAGGCUCCCAGCUUGGGCGUGGAGCUAACCUCAGUUUCAGCUACCGUCAUUGAUCGAAAGAUAUAUGUAGUAGGAAGGUACACAGAUGAGGAAUCUAUUCAAAAAGACUUCUUUGAGGUGUUGGACACAAAAACACAAACUUGGGAUCCUCAGCCCUUCAAUUGCAGCGAGACACAAGACAAGUUUUUCUCCUGCAGAACCGCAUUUAUUGACGGAAAGUUCCUCGUGAUGCCUUUUACCCGUGGAGAGGCGGUUGCUUACAAUUCCAAGGAAAGUAGAUGGGACCCGGUUCAAACGAAGUUGGCUUGUAUAAUGUUGAAAGAUUCGCAUUGCCAGAUAGGGAAUGUUAUGUAUUGUUCUGUUGACGGAAGGAUCAGAUGGUGUGACACUGAGGUAAGCAGUUGGAGAUUGGUCAAGGGUUUGCUAGAACUAGGUAACUUCCCUUGUGGUCCUUUUCGUGUUAAAUUGGCUGAUUAUCGUGGAAACAUAGCGGUUUUCUGGGUCAAGAAUUUUCCUGAUGAUAACCAAAGGAAGAUGAUUUUGUGUGCCGAGAUUGCGCUUGAAAGACGCACUAGUUUUGAGAUUUGGGGGAAAGUUUUGUGGUUUGAUCAUGUUCUUACUGUCCCUACAGAUUAUGAGUUAAUCAAGGCUCUUUUUUUGAAUGCCUGA